AUAGGAUACUCAUCACCCGUUCAGUCCGACUUAACCAACGACUUGAAUCUAUCUGUGGCAGAGUAUUCGCUCUUCGGUUCGAUUCUGACAGUUGGGGCAAUGAUUGGCACAGCUAUGAGUGGACGAAUUUCCGAUUUGAUUGGCAGACGAGGUACAAUGGGUUUCUCAGAGAUGUUUUGCAGUCUUGGUUGGUUAGUAAUCUGCCUUUCUAAGGUUACAAUUUGUCUUGACGUUGGAAGAUUCUUGGUCGGUUACGGGAUGGGCAUUCUUUCGUUUGUGGUGCCUGUAUAUAUAGCUGAAAUUACUCCUAAGGAUCUUCGAGGUUGCUUUACAACUGUUCAUCAGUUAAUGAUAUGUUUGGGUGUCUCCAUAACAUAUCUACUAGGCUCUUUUGUUGGUUGGUGAAUAUUGGCUUUGAUAGGUAUGAUGCCAUGUGUUGUACAAAUGAUGGGAUUAAUUUUCAUUCCAGAAUCACCGAGAUGGUUGGCAAAAGUUGGCAGAUGGGAAGAAUUUGAAAUUGUAUUGCAACGAUUAAGAGGAGAAUCUGCAGACAUUUCUUAUGAAUCUAGUGAGAUCAAAGAGUAUACAUGCAGACUGUCACAAAUUUCAGAAGAUGGUAUAUUUGAUUUGUUCCAAGAGCAGUACUCAAAAUCUCUACUUUUGGGAGUUGGUUUAAUGGUAUUGCAACAAUUUGGAGGUGUUAAUGGAAUUGUCUUUUACGCCAGCUCUAUUUUCGUAUUUGCGGGGGUUUCUUCCAAAAUUGGAAUGAUUGCAAUGGUUAUUGUACAGAUACCGAUGACAACUAUAGGCGUAAUUCUGAUGGAUAAAUCAGGCAGACGACCACUACUUCUUAUUUCUGCUGCGGGCACAUUUAUCGGGUGUUUACUCGUCGCCUUAUCAUUUUAUUUACAGGGUGGAAGGACGUUUAGUGGAUGGGCUUCAUAUAUAGCACUCGUUGGCGUUCUGGUGUAUACAGGUUCAUUUUAGCUAGGGUUGGAUGGGAUACCUUGGGUCAUUAUGUCAGAGAUAUUUCCAAUAGAUAUAAAAGGAUCAGCAGGAAGUCUUGUGACUGUUGUUAGCUGGGUUGGAUCUUGGAUUAUAUCCUUUGCAUUUAACUUCUUAAUGAAUUGGAGUCCUGCAGGAACAUUUUAUGUUUUCGCUACAAUUUAAGGGGUUACUGUUAUAUUUGUAUCAAAACUCGUACCAGAAACCAAAAGUCGAACGCUUGAGGAAAUUCAGUCUUCUAUUAAUUAUGUAACAUUGUAAUGUUUAGAUUGUUGAUUACAAAGACAACAAUUA